AUGCAAAAGACGAACUUAAAGUCGACAAAAGCGGGUAACAAAAAAGGAACCCCUGUUGUUAAGAAGAUUAACAACGAUGUCGACGACCAACCACGUCGAGUGCUUCGUUCUGGGAAGAACAACGUAAGUGACCAACCACAACGAGUGCUUCGUUCCGGAACGGUCAAGCCGAAAUCGGCUGACGACAAGGAGCGUCGCCAAUCGUGGAGCGACGAACGCAAAGGAGUCGUUGACAAAGCCGAAAAAAUUCUUGAUGGGCCUAUUAGCAAGGAUGCUGAAGCUGGCAACAAGGACCCGAUUGAACCAGUCAUCAGAAAAGCUAAGAAGAAAGCUUCCAAAAAGGCUGGUACAAAGAAUUCCAACGAGGCUAGUGAUGAAAAGACUGGCAAACCAGCUGACAAAGAGCUCGACCUCAUCAUUGACGACGCCCCCAAGCUGACUGACGCUGACGACUCUACUAACGAGGGGCCCCAAAAGUCUGUCGACGAUGGUCAGACUACUCAAGACAAAACCCCCAGCCAGGACGAAAUGUCGUCGUCGUCAACUGACUCGGAUGACGACGUGGUUUACCGGCGCUCGCCAGCGAAACACACCAACGCCGAUGUCGACCGCUUCUUCACGAUCUACUUCAAAAUGGAGAAAAAGAAUGCUUCCAAAGCUGCUCGGGAAGCAGGUGUUACCAUCCCCGCGGCUCAGAGAUGGGUGCGGGAGUGGAAGCAGCUGGGAGAGUUGAGAAUUCCUUAUCUCACAGAGUGGGUGAGAACCUUCGACAAACCCCGUGGUUGGAAAUCUGACUUCUUCAGGGCUACCCCUAACGACAAAGUGAUCAUUGAUUCACGACUCAUUCGUCAGCUGCUGGCGGGUGACAAAUACUACCAAUUUCUCUCCGAAUACUGGGAAAUGAAGAGACAACAACAGUGUGAACGGAUGGAUGUUGAAGAGGUUAUUGAUGUGUUGGAAUUGAACUUCGAAGGACUCAAGCUUGACCGACCCAAGUUCCGCCAAUCGCUCAGAGACGAAGGCAUUUCCCACCGCAAAUACGAUUGA